CUCUCUCUCUCUCUCUCUCUCUCUCUCUCUCUCUCUCUCUCUCUCUCUCUCUCACGAAGUGUAGCAACUAACAAACUCCGGUUUUCAAAUCGGAAGGUCAAAAUACGCUUCUGUUCAAGUCGGACGGCGGAGAAUGCACCAUACUCUUUCUCUCUCUUUCACACCCACACACACAUACACUCAUUCAGACUCAUAAUUAACACGUACUAAUAUAUAUGCAUAUACAAAUAUACACGCACAGAGGGACGAAUGACGUCGUCAACAUUCUGAAGAUGUUGAAGAUCGGAUCAGGAGUUUUUUUUCACAAUAUCUUCUCGUAUAUAUAGCUUCUAACAAGUUCCAAAGGUGAAGAAGAAGAAGAAGAAUUGAAGAAGAAGGAGAUCUAAAAUGUCGUCCUCAAAUUCUCCAUGCGCAGCUUGCAAGUUCUUACGCCGUAAAUGCACACAGGAAUGCGUGUUUGCGCCAUACUUCCCACCUGAUCACCCUCAAAAAUUCGCAAACGUACACAAAGUCUUCGGAGCAAGUAACGUCGCCAAAAUCCUCAACGAACUCAACACAACUCAACGAGAAGACGCCGUUAAUUCAUUAGCUUAUGAAGCCGAAGCAAGGUUACGAGAUCCGGUGUACGGAUGCGUCGGAUUAAUCUCUGUUCUUCAACACCGAUUAAAACAAGUUCAAUCGGAUCUACACAACGCUAAACUCGAAUUAUCUAAUUACAUCGGCCCUUCCGCUAUGUUACCAAUCUUAAAUCCAGGUUUCAUCCCGCAAAUCGGAAACAUGCCGACGUCAUCAUCGGUGCCGGUGUUGCCCUACAACAUGCAGCCGAUUUUCCGAGACGCUCAGCCGCAGCACCACCAGCAAAUACUUGAAGCUCAGCAACAGCAACUGGUGGCGGUUGUUAAUUCUAGAGAACAACAGGAAAUGUUAAGGAGUUAUGAGCAACAGCAACAACAGCAGCACCAACCACCACCACCGCCACCGCCGCCGCCGUCGUUACAGCAGCAGCAACCGGGUGAGCUAGUAAGGUUUAGCGGCGGAUUUGAUGCCGGUUCAGGUGGUGGUGGGUUUAGCCCGAUGACAGCUCAGGCAGCUAUGUCAACUUUAGCGUUAGGUAAUUCUUAUGUGAAUAACAACAUGUACCAGAUCCAACACCAACAGCCGCCGCAAGAACAUCACCACCACCAGCUCCACGUUCAACCGCAUCAGCUUUUGCUGCCACAGGAAGCUCAGCAACCGCCGUUGGUGGUGCAGAGAGCUGCCAAGGAGGAGGAUAGGAGCAUUGCUCCGUCGUGUUGAAUUUGGUCAUUUACUCCGGCGCCAUCUUCUGCUAUUCUUUAAAUAUAAUUUUUUUAUUCCGGUUUAUUCCAUGGUCGUCAAAAGUCAAUGAAGAGGAAAAAGAGAGACGUACAUCUUAGAUUUGUGAAAAACAAAAUUAACAUGUAAUUUUUUUAUUUUAUUUCUUUAUUUUUUUUGAGAUUUUUUUAAAGGUUGUUAAGUUAUUUAACAAGAGAGGGUUUAUUUGCCCCUCGUUAAUAGACCCUAUUGUGGAGCAUUUCCAUUUGGGGUAGAAACGAAGGAGAUUAGGAGGAAUUAGAGGUAUUGAUUUCAAACUAUUUAAAACGGUGGGUUGUAUCGGACAUUCUAUACCUAUUAUGUUAAAUAAGCA